AAAUAAAAAACCCUAGGUUAUAAAAAAAGACUUCAAAACGCAUUCAAAAAAUAUAUAUAUAUUUAAACACAUAAACCACAAAUAAAAAUCGUAGGCUCUAAGAUUUCAACCAUAGUAAAUGAUCAGCGAAGAAAGAACCGAACCUCUCCGCCGUCUGAGAGUAUCUGCAUAUAUCGAUAUAUAUAUAUAUAUAUAUAUAUAUAUUCUAAAGCCGAAAAAGCGCGUACUUUUUGCUUAGUGAAUAGUGAAUGAAACAGCAAUAACAAGAACACAGCAGCAACAAAUCAUACAAAUUGUGCAACCGAAAAGUAAUAGCAACGUACAGCGAAAACUUAAAAACAGAUUAGAAGAACGAGGAGGAGCAUAGAAGGAGAAGAAGAAAUCGAGAGGAGUGGAGAGGAGAAGCCUGCAAACCCUAGAAGCUGGCACAGCCUCCUCCCAAAGGAGCCCCGUCUUACAAUCAACGUGGAAGCAGCCCCCAUCGUCCGCCCGCGCCCACCCCCGCCCCCGCACUCUCCCCACAAUCUUCGUAGCGGCAGCCCCUGCCACACACACUCUAGGGUCGCUCCAGUUCCAGAAUCACUCAAUAAUCAAGGGAAACCGUGAAACCGAAAAGCAAAUAUAGUAAUAAAUCACUACUACUUCCUAUAAACCACAACGAUUGCCUACAAAUAUAUAUAUAUAUAUAUGUACAUUAUAUAGAAAGAACAAUUAUAAUCACUUUCCAAAAACAAAAACAAAAGCAAAAAAACACAAAAUAUUCAAAUAUCAAACAAACAAAAAACAAACCUAAUCUAACCCAAAAGUAAAAGUAUUCCCAGUGUAUUUUUCUAGUAAAACUAAAAUAUAAAAAAAAAUAUAUAUAUAUAUAUUCAAAAAUCGACCGAAAAAUCAUCAAAAAAUGCAAUAAAGCAAGUAAUAAUUCAAAUUCAAUUCUAAAAUACAAAAAUAAAAACAACAGCAAAAAGAACACCAAAACCAACGGCAGUGCAGCAGCAACAGCAGCGGCGGCAGCGGCUGGAAAAGGAAAUGCAUUUUCAUCGUAGGACAAGAACAAGAAUCAUAUUUUGAAGUACACCCGAAACACACACGUAGAAACCAGGAAGCGAUCCACGAAGGAAGGAGAAAGAGGAGAGGAGAGCAGAGCAGAGGAGGAGUAACCACAACUACCAAAAGAUAACCAGAAACUACAACGUUACAAUAUUUGUCGGCAUUUUUUACAAACAAAAACAAAACAAAAACACAACCAGGAAACACAAAACACAACAAACAAAACAAACAAAACAAGAAAAACCAAAAGAAAGAAUAGCAAUUUUUUGUGUGUGGGACAUGCCCCGCGGCAAAAGACAAAACUUUUAUUAACUUCGAAGACAAGGAAUUUCAGUGCCUCUUGUGCCAGUGUUUAGCCAAAAUAUAUAUACACAAAAAACAAAAACAUUUAAGAAAAAACAAAAACGAACAACAAAUACGUAUUUAUUGCUUAAUUUUUUUCUCUUUGAUAAAAAACAAUUACACUAAAAAUCGAAACGGAUAAGGAUAAUAGUAUAAAAACAAAAAUUAAUUUAAAAAAACAAAGACAAAACCAAUAAAACACGAACAACAGUUUUGUUUUUCUGUUUGUGGGUCACUUUUUGGACCCAUCACCGCACGCUCUCUUCAUUGUUCCGCCCGUCAUCGUUCUCGUCGCACAGAUUUCGGGAGUCAACCAUCAUAAUAUCAGCGAAAAGCAUCAGUCAGUCGUCUUGCUAGUCCUCCUAUCAGCAUUUGUUCUACUCUGUUUCCUCAUAUCGAAUCAAACAAUCAAUUCAGCAUGAAUACGCAAUCGAAGGUUUAUCGCACAGGCGAAGAGAUAUACGACAACUUGCCAUGCGAUGGCUAUUUCAAUAUAAAUGCCAUUCGCAAUCUGGGAAUUCCCACAACUUUUCCUACCAUUGGAACUUUUACGCUUGACUCCACUACUCUGGGCCUGCAGCCUCAACCGCAGCAGGGACCAUCGCCUCAGCAGCAGCAGUCCAUGCAUCACCUUCAGCAGCAGCAGCAACAUCAACAACAACAGCAGCAGCAGCAGCAACAGCAACAACAGCAGCAGCAGCAGCAGCAACAUCAGCAACAGCUUCUCCAGCAGCAGCAGCAGCAGCAACAGCAACAACAGCAGCAGCAACAACAACAUGCCAGCAUUGGAAUGUUUGAUUCGAAUGAAGUGCCCGAUGUACCACAGAUUGGGGUCUUCACAUCCAAUAGUGUGCUGACCAACGGGGCUGGCAGUUCAUCCUCAAUCUUUGGCUCGUCGAGCAGUUCAUCGGCCGCCGCAGCGGAUCCCAAUCAGACCACGCGGGAGACGGGCAUCAUUGAGAAGCUAUUGCACUCUUAUGGAUUCAUUCAGUGCUGUGAGCGUCAGGCCCGUCUGUUCUUUCACUUCUCGCAGUUUAGCGGCAACAUUGAUCACCUGAAGAUCGGCGAUCCCGUGGAGUUUGAGAUGACCUACGACCGUCGCACCGGCAAACCGAUCGCUAGUCAAGUAUCGAAGAUAGCCCCCGAGGUAGUGCUCUCCGAGGAGCGUGUCACCGGCACAGUGACCACCGAACUGCGCACGGACAGUGCCAACAAUGUCCUCAGCUCCAGCGAGACCACGGGCCGGAUCAGCUAUGAGAAUCGAGGCGAAUGUUUCUUUCUACCCUAUACCAAAGACGAUGUCGAGGGAAAUGUCAACUUGCGUGCUGGCGACAAGGUCAGCUUUCAAAUUGCAACGAACCAAAGAGGCAACCUGGGCGCCUGCCAUAUACGCCUGGAGAAUCCGGCCAUGCCGGUCAAGUAUCGUGGAGUGGUCUGCUCCAUGAAGGAGUCGUUUGGCUUCAUCGAACGCGCCGAUGUGGUCAAGGAGAUAUUCUUUCACUUCUCCGAGGCCGAGGGCAAUGUGGAGCUGCGUCCUGGCGACGAUGUCGAGUUCACCAUCCAGACCCGAAGCGUAAGUAUAUGCAGCACACAGAAACACACUUACCCCUCCAUCCUAUCAUUAAAAAAUAAACAGCAGUCCGCCACUGUGCCACCGCAGGGCCGUGAGUUUGCAUGCAACAUCACGCGCUUGCCUCCAGGUUCCGUAAUCUUUGAGGAUGUGGACAGCACCGUCUACAAGGGACAGGUCCUAAAGUCCCUCGAUCGCAACAAUCCCGUGCGCCAGAACAACGACCCGCUGCCGGGACGCAUUCGUUAUAGGGCGCUCGAUUACUCUGAGGUAGAAGUGCCUUUCGGGGACAAGGACCAGAAGGGUGACUUCACGCUACGGCACGGCGAUUGGGUGCAGUUCCUGCUGGCCACCGACAGGCGCGAUCAGCUGCAGCGUGCCACCUCCAUUGCCCUGUUGGACGAGACCUUUAAGGUGUCCGGCGAGAAGCGAGAACAAGGCACCAUUGCCUCGCUCAAGGAGGGCUUUGGCUUUCUGCGUUGCGUGGAGCGGCAAGUGCGUUUGUUUUUCCACUUUACCGAAGUGUUGGAUACGAGCCGCGAAAUCGAUGUCAACGAUGAGGUGGAGUUCACUGUCAUCCAGGAGCCAGGCUUGGCCUAUAACAACUCGCGUUUGCAGGCCAUACGCAUCAAGCAUUUGCCGCCCAACUCUGUGGAGUUCGAGACACUGAUGGCCAGCAAUAUUGAGGGCUGCGUGACACGUGAGGCGCCCAAGAGCCCUAUCAAAUCUCAAGAUCGCGUCGAGGGCGGUGUGAUUACCUACGAAAGUGGCGAUGCUAAAAAGACUAUAAUGUAUUUUCUUAAAGACUGCGAAAAACCACCAAGGAUUGGGGAGCGUGUACGCUUCGAUAUUUACAUGGUCAAACGUAACAAGGAGUAUAUAGCCGUCAAUGUACAGCAAAUUUCGCUGCAACAGCAACAGCUGCAGCAGCAGCAGGCGCAACAGCAAUUGAUAAGCCAACAAGCUGCUGCUCAGGCGGCGGCGAGCGCGAGCCUCACUCAAACCGAUCAGCUGCCACUUACGAAUGGCAUCAGUGGCAGCAGCUCGACUGCCUCGCUGCAGAAUGGCUACGUAAUGCACGGCAGCCCCGGGGGCAGCAUCAGCAGCGUGGGCAGUAGCAGCAAUCAGGUCAACCUGGACGACUUCAAGCUGGAGAACAACAAUCUGGCUGGCACCGAGGGGGGGCAGUUGUAUCGCGGCUUCAUAGCCGUGAUGAAGGAGAACUUUGGAUUCAUUGAGACCCUGUCCCACGACGAGGAGGUCUUCUUUCACUUUAGCAACUACCAGGGCAAUCCCAAUUGGCUCGAGCUCGGCCAGGAGGUCGAGUACACCCUGGCCCCCAAUGGCAACACCUCUGUUUCGGGCAAUUGCCUGCCAGCCGAGAAUGUCCGGAUGCUGCCCAAGAACUCCAUACCGCAGCCGUCGGUGCUGGAAACCGUGCACAAUGGAGUGGUGGCGCGUCCCCUGCGGUGCAUCAACCCCGACCAGCAGGAAUACGCCGGCCUCAUUGAGAUUCUCGACGAGCAACGCACCACAAUCACCUCGCAUCACGAGUUCGGCAUCACCAGUCUGGUGAACAAGCGAGAUCUGUUGCAGAAGGGCGAUCUGGUCAGCUUCCGGAUCGAUGAGAGCGGUCGGGCGGCCGAUGUGAAUGCGGUGCGGCUGAAGAAGCGUGCCACAGUUGACUCCAUCAAGGGACAGUUUGGUUUUCUCAACUUUGAGGUGGAGGAUGGCAAGAAGCUAUUCUUCCACAUGUCCGAAGUGCAGGGCAAUACGGUGGCCUUGCAUCCAGGCGAUACUGUGGAGUUUUCGGUGGUCACCAAUCAGCGCAAUGGGAAAUCUUCGGCUUGCAAUGUUGUGAAAAUAAACGAUCGUCCCGAUCGAUUGAUCUCGCGGCUCAAGCUCAACGGCGAUGACACGGUGCCCCGCCUGAUACUCCUCCGUGCACCCAAGGGGCCGCAGGGCAAGGGCUUCUCAGUACUAGCGCGUCAUCCACGCAUUCCAGGCAACUUGGUGGAGUAGAAAAAUUGUGACGUGAAAUGAAAAUAUUAGAUGCAAAUCAAAGACAACUACAACUACGACUACAACAACAUACAGCUAUAUACUUAUACACUUGAACGGAGCAUGCAACCAACUAAAAGCAACGUGAACUUGUCGUGAAUACUAACCAUAAAAACACACCACAAUACACCACACCACAACACACUUAUAUUGAAUAUAAUCAGUCCCUAGGAGCAAUCAAAAACACUAUUGGAAGCGAUAAUAAUUGAUAAUACGCGUACACGUACAUAUAAUACUUAUUGAGGGCACGGCGGAGAACGAACCGCUGUAUGUCUGAAAAUGGAAACCUAUUUGUAAUAUUAAUAAGACUCUAGCCCCUCCAAUCCAAACCCAUUGUAACGCUUUGUUUUCGAACUCAAACGAAAACUCAACUCAAAAGAAAAUCCGUGUUGUGGCUGAAAUGAAAUUGAAGUUCUGAAUGUGGUCUGAAAGAUGAGAUGACGAUGAUGAUGAUGAUGAUGAAAAUGAUAAUGAUGAUAUGAUGAAACAACCAAAACGUUUGUAUACGUAUACUAUUUUCAACUAGAUUGAUGUUUAAUUUUAAAAUUAUAAAAUGAAUCCAAAAAGCAUAAUGAAACAACAACAAUUAUAAUCUAUGUAAUAUAAUUAUUCUACGAGUAGAAUGGCAACGAAAACCGUGCAUUAACCGCGCCACGUUAGAAUUGUGUAUCAAAUGGCAACAGCAGCAACAACAAGAACAACAACAGCAACACUACACUACAAUCUUCUCUAUAUAAUGCAUAUACGAGUAGUUCCUGCUUCUAAUUGCAUCUUGCUCUAUUCUUCUGUCUCCUUCUCCUGAAGACCUCCUGUUCUUUCGAUGCUUUCUAUCUUAACUGUUAACCAAUUAUAUUUAUUAUGAAAUAACAGCAGCGAAAACACCAACAGACCCAAAUGUAAAAGCAAUAAAUACCUUAGUCAAAAACAAAAACAAAACAAAAACUAUGGAAGCCCCUGCGAAAAUCACGAAAUGAAAUGAAACGAAGAGAAGCGAAGCAAAGCAAAAUGAAAUGAAAGUAUUUAUGAUAGCUAAACAAAAAGUCUAAUUUGUAUACAAGCAUAUAUACAUACAUACAUACAUACAUACAUAUAUCUAUAUAUUUUACAUAUACAUAAACAUAGAAUGAUACUAUUAUAAUUUUGUUGAUUAUUUUUGUACUUUCGCUUGUGAACCUUUUUGCUGAAGCUCUUUCACUUCACUUGCCCGCUUCAACUCAUCUUCAGUUGGCAUCCAGACUACUGCAGGUUGCAUUAACUUAUUAACAUUAACAUUAAAAAACAACAAAACAAAACAAAAAAAAAACAAAAAAACCAUACUGCAUAUGUCUUAUAGGGUAUUUAUUUAAACAAAUCAACAACAACACCAUAUACAUAUAUACUCUUUGGGUAUCGUAUCCAAAACAAAAAUCACAUAAAAAAAAAACCACAAAAAAAAAAAGAAAAUAAACGAGGUAGAAAUUUACGAACAAGUUUUGUGUGUGACGAGAUGAAGAGAGCAAAUAAAAUUUGCUGCGCCAAAUCUGUUGAAAACCAUUUAAUGAAGAUUAUAAAAAUAAUUUUAAAAAAAUAUAUAGUAUAUUAACGAAACCAAAACCUUAUGAACGUGUCGUCAGUAACAAAGAGCAAAUAUUGUGAAAAUUAUGAAUUUCAAUUACUAAACAAAAAAAACAAAACAAAAUGAGAAAUGAAGAAAAAACACUAAUGUAACACACACGAAAAUAAUAUAUGCCUAUACUCCUUGAGUAUCGGGUAUAAAGAACAGACACGACACAGACACACACUUUAAGAAGCUAACAAACAAAUUCGGGAUCAGUACGUCCUAUUAUAGCCAUCUUAUAUACAACAACCAACAAGCAACAACAACUACAGAAACAAAACUAAUAUGUAUAUCCCUAUACUCUUUGAGUGUCGGGCGUAACAACAACAACAACAACAAAAGCAACACUAAACACACACACACACACA